GUACAAUCAUAGCCAACCAAUACAAACAUAUACAAUUUUUACACGAGUUGAAAAGUAUGGAAUUAAUUUUGUCGAGCGAAUGUGAAUUAUAUUUUCCCAAUAUAUUGCGUAAUUACAAUAUUGUCGACGUUGUCAAAACAAGGAUCUAUAUUUUCAAUAACAAAGGAACAUACUAAAAACAAUUUAAAAAAUUUCACAACUGUUCUGAAUUAUUUCAAAGGUUGUUACACACACAUAUAUAAAUAGAUUGAUAAGUACAUAAGCACUCACAUUUACCUUAUAUACAGUGAACAACAGAUAGAAUGCUGUACUAAUAGCUCUGACUGUGAAAAUACAUACAUAUGUACGUGCAUAUGCCACCAAAAACACUAAGGAAACGCAAGAAAAUGGAUUUGCCGAGGGGAACUACAACUAAUUCACUAGUCAAUAUAUUCAAUAUUACUGCCUGACGCAUUUGCUGCAUGUACUUCAUGCGAAUUCUGGUGAAAAUGACUUCCCCAAUUCACAAACACUUUUGUCAACUAGUCGGAGGAGUACAGGAAUCGGAGAAAUCACAAAUGCUCUGUGCCAAAAACCACAACAACAACAACAACUGCAACUGCAACAAGAACGGUCAUCAUCCGAUUGAGAAAGCGGAAGGAAGUGCGGGCAGACUUUUACCGUAUUUGCAGCCAGAGCCAUUUGCAGCCGCAAUGAUUUCCUUUCAGAUGGUCGCCGGAGUUGUCCAAUCGGUUCUACACCAGUGCAAAGCAUCACAGAAGCCCAAGUGCGAAACUCCUCUUCAAUUCAAUACCAGUAUGGAGCCGUCAUUUUGUUACUUCGUCGUCGAUAUGCAGCCGCAAACGGAUAAUGAUUAUAACUAUCCGGAUUAUGGACUGAAGUCUUGUUCAGACUUGUCCCCAAAUAUAUCGGAUAGUGAUUGUUUUCCGAUCGAUUUGCAACUACAUCGUCAGCGCAGCAUUUCCGAAGGCAGCGACGAUAGUUUCAUUUGCUUCAAGGAGGAGGACAACGAUGACGAUGAUGAUGAUGAUAAUGAUGAGGACGACGACGAGGACAGUUGUCCUACAUUUGCUUGUACAACGGAUGAGAAGCUUGAUGAUGGUGUUAAGGAACUUAGGAAGAAGGUGCACUUCAAUUUGAGUCCAGAAGUUCAUGUGAUGCAUGCUUGGAAUUUUGCUUAUCGAGCGGCACGAAAGGGCGGCUGGCAGCAAUUCGCUCGGGAUCGCGAUAGAUUUAGUCAACGGAUAAAGCGGGUUGCGCCCAUAAUCGACAUCGUUCUGAGCCCCAGCCAUCGGGAUAGAGUAUAUAGAGACCGUUUUUUAGAUGUAAAUUAGUAGCAGUAAGAGUAUCUCUUAAUAAAUCCAAAAUUCCUGUACAUAUGAAA